CCCUUGGAGGCCAUUAACCCCCCGAGUCCCGGCCCCCCUUCCCAGGGCAGGCCCUCCAGCCCGCGCGCGCACCCUGGGGAGCUCGGGAUCUCCGGCCGGGCGCGCGGUAUCCGCCCCCUCCCCACUCUCCGCGCCAGGCCCGGCCAGGUCUGGGGACGCUGCUUCGAGGCGGCAGUGCCUGCAGUGUGGGCGGGGGCCGGGGGCCUGAGAGGUGCCGCCGCCACCGCGCCGGGAGCCGCAGAGGUUCAGAGCGGGGCCCAACAUGGCGGAGAGAGAGGUGGAGUCUGCCCCCCGAAAGAGGUUUGAGCAGAAAACUGGUGCGGUUUUUGAUGAAAUUGUAGAGAACUGUGGUGGUAUCAUGGAUACAGAAAUGUCUGAAGAUACAGACCACAACUUAACUCCCACCCUUGACAGCAUGUCCUAUGGAAUGCCGAAUCAAACAGGAUCUGAAAAUUCAUUGCUGGAUGAAGAUGAUUAUUUUUUGAACUCUGGGGAUCUUGCAGGAAUUCCAGUUGUUUGUAGUGACAAUGAGGAUGAACAGGAUUUUAGUUCAAAGGAUAAUCUUGUUUCUUCAAUUCAUACUGAUGAUAGCUUGGAAAUAGAGAGAAGAGUCUCACAGCAUGAAUCAGACCAUGAAAACGAAAUACAAAUUCAAAAUAAAGUAAAAAAGGACUUUCCUAAACAGUUUGAUCAGGUUUCUGUUUUUAAAUCCAUACGGAAAGAUUUUAGUCUAGUAAGAGAAAACAGCAAAGAGACAUUUUCUGGAAAGGAAAAAAAUAGAGACUUAAUUUAUCAUGAACGUGAAAAACUGUUGGAUAAACCCCAUAAAGAUAUGGAUUCAAGGUUGAAAAGCAGUUUUUUUGAUAAAGCAGCUAAUCAAGUUGAAGAAACAUUACAUACCCAUUUACCACAAACCCCAGAAACAAACUUUAGGGAUUCCAGCUACCCAUUUGCCAAUAAAGAAUCCAUUGGUUCGGAACUGGGGAAUUCCUUUGCAUCAAAUAUUAGAAUUAAAGAAGAACCUUUGGAUGAUGAGUAUGACAAAGCAAUGGCACCACAGCAGGGACUACUAGACAAAAUUAAAGAUGAACCUGACAAUGCUCAAGAGUACAGUCAUGGCCAGCAGCAAAAAACUCAAGAGGGGGAACUGAAAAUUAGUGCUGUGUUUUCAGUCAGUGGAAGCCCUCUUGCUCCACAGUUGACUACUGGCUUUCAGCCUUCACUGGCCUCAGCUGGCAUGAAUAAAAUGCUUCCAUCAGUUCCAGCAACCGCUGUUCGAGUUUCCUGUUCUGGUUGCAAAAAAAUCCUCCAGAAGGGGCAAACUGCUUAUCAGAGGAAAGGGUCUACCCAGCUAUUCUGCUCCACACUGUGUCUCACUGGAUAUACAGUUCCACCUGCCCGCCCGCCACCUCCUCCCACCAAGAAAACGUGUUCCAGUUGCUCAAAGGACAUUUUAAAUCCAAAGGAUGUGAUCAAUGCCCAGUUUGAAAAUGCCACGCCUAGUAAAGUAUUUUGCAGUCGAUCAUGUUUGUCAACAUACGAACUGAAAAGAAAACCUGUUGUUUCCCUAAAUACAAAUAACAUUUCAACCAAAUGCAGCAUGUGUCAGAAAACUGCUGUUAUUCGACAUGAAGUUAAUUACCAGAAUGUGGUACAUAAACUUUGCAGUGAUGCUUGUUUCUCCAAGUUUCGCUCAGCUAACAACCUCACCAUGAACUGUUGUGAGAACUGUGGGGGUUACUGUUACAGUGGCUCUGGUCAGUGCCACAUGCUGCAGAUAGAAGGACAGUCUAAGAAAUUUUGUAGUUCAACAUGUGUCACAGCCUAUAAGCAGAAAUCAGCCAAAAUUACACCAUGUGCACUUUGCAAAUCAUUGAGAUCCUCAGCAGAAAUGAUUGAAAAUACCAAUAGCUUGGGGAAGACAGAGCUUUUCUGUUCUGUUAAUUGUUUAUCAGCUUACAGAGUUAAAAUUGUUACUUCCACAGGUGUACAAGUUCAAUGUAACAGUUGUAAAACUUCAGCAGUCCCUCAGUAUCACCUAGCUAUGUCAGAUGGAAGUAUACGCAACUUCUGCAGCUACAGUUGUGUGGUGGCUUUCCAGAACUUGUUCAACAAACCAACAGGAAUGAAUUCUUCAGUAGUGCCCCUAUCUCAAGGCCAAGUGAUUGUAAGCAUCCCCACAGGUUCAACAGUGUCUGCAGGAGGAGGUACCACCUCUGCUGUUUCUCCCACUUCGAUCAGUAGCUCUGCUGCAGCUGGUCUCCAGCGUCUUGCUGCUCAAUCUCAACAUGUUGGGUUUGCACGAAGUGUGGUGAAACUCAAGUGUCAGCACUGUAACCGUCUUUUUGCCACAAAACCAGAACUUCUGGACUAUAAGGGUAAAAUGUUUCAGUUCUGUGGCAAGAAUUGUUCCGAUGAAUAUAAGAAAAUAAAUAAUGUAAUGGCAAUGUGUGAAUAUUGUAAAAUUGAGAAAAUUAUAAAGGAGACUGUGCGAUUCUCAGGUGCUGACAAGUCAUUCUGUAGUGAAGGUUGCAAAUUGCUCUAUAAACAUGACUUGGCAAAACGUUGGGGAAAUCACUGUAAAAUGUGCAGUUAUUGUUUACAGACAUCCCCCAAAUUGGUACAGAAUAAUUUAGGGGGGAAGGUGGAAGAGUUCUGCUGUGAAGAAUGCAUGUCAAAAUACACAGUUCUGUUCUAUCAGAUGGCUAAAUGUGAUGGUUGCAAACGACAGGGUAAACUCAGCGAGUCCUUGAAAUGGAGAGGAGAAAUAAAACACUUUUGUAACCUGCUUUGUAUCUUGAUGUUCUGUAACCAGCAGAGUAUGUGUGAGCCACCUUCACAAAACAAUGCAGCAAGUAUUUCUAUGGUGCAAGCUGCUUCAACAGGACCCCCUUCCCUAAGAAAAGAUUCAACUCCAGUUAUUGCUAAUGUAGUAUCACUGGCAAGUGCUCCUGCUGCCCAGCCCACAGUGAACUCUAACAGCGUCUUACAAGGUGCAGUUCCGACAGUAACAGCGAAGAUCAUCGGGGAUGCAAGUACACAGACAGAUGCCCUGAAACUACCACCAUCCCAACCUCCAAGGCUUUUGAAGAACAAAGCUUUAUUGUGCAAACCUAUUACACAAACUAAAGCUACUUCUUGCAAACCACAUACUCAAAACAAAGAAUGCCAGACAGAAGACACUCCAAGUCCCCCCCAGGUCAUUGUGGUGCCAGUCCCUGUGCCAGUGUUUGUACCUAUACCUCUUCAUCUUUAUACGCAGUAUGCACCGGUCCCCUUUGGAAUUCCAGUUCCAGUGCCUGUCCCCAUGCUUAUUCCACUGUCAAUGGAUAACGAAGAUAAAGUCACUGAAAGUAUUGAAGACAUUAAGGAAAAACUUCCCUCACAUCCAUUUGAAGCUGACCUCCUUGAGAUGGCAGAAAUAAUUGCAGAAGAUGAAGAGAAAGAGAAGACUCUGUCCCAGGGAGGAUCUCAAACUUCAGAACAGGAGCUCUUCCUAGACACCAAGAUAUUUGAAAAAGACCAAGGAAGUACGUAUAGUGGUGAUCUCGAGUCCGAGGCAGUAUCUACUCCACAUAGCUGGGAGGAAGAACUGAAUCAUUAUGCCUUAAAGUCAAAUGCUGUACAAGAGGCUGCUGACUCGGAGUUGAAGCAGUUCUCAAAGGGGGAGACAGAACAGGAUCUGGAAGCAGAUUUUCCAUCAGAGUCCUUUGACCCCCUUAAUAAAGGGCAAGGAAUUCAGGCGCGGUCUCGAACAAGACGACGGCACAGAGAUGGGUUCCCACAGCCCAGGCGAAGAGGUCGGAAGAAGUCUAUAGUGUCUGUGGAACCCAGAAGUCUUAUUCAGGGAGCUUUUCAAGGGUGCUCCGUGUCUGGGAUGACACUAAAGUACAUGUAUGGAGUAAAUGCCUGGAAGAACUGGGUUCAGUGGAAAAAUGCCAAGGAAGAACAGGGGGAUCUAAAAUGUGGAGGUGCUGAACAUGCGUCAUCUAGCCCAUGUUCUGAUCCCUUAGGAAAUUCUCAAGACCGAGCCCUCUCUCAAGAAUCCUCAGAACUAGGGUGUAGAGUCCGCUCUGUUAAACUGAAGGAAGAUCUUUUGUCCUGCACUUUUGCUGAGUUGAGUUUGGGCUUAUGCCAGUUUAUACAAGAGGUGCGGAGACCAAAUGGUGAAAAAUAUGAUCCAGACAGUAUCUUAUACUUGUGCCUUGGAAUUCAGCAGUACCUGUUUGAAAAUGGUAGGAUAGAUAACAUUUUUACUGAACCCUAUUCCAGAUUUAUGAUUGAACUUACCAAACUCUUGAAAAUAUGGGAACCUACAGUACUUCCUAAUGGUUACAUGUUCUCUCGGAUUGAAGAGGAACACCUGUGGGAGUGCAAACAGCUGGGUGCCUACUCGCCAAUUGUUCUCUUGAACACCCUCCUUUUCUUCAAUACCAAAUACUUCCAGCUAAAGAAUGUGAGUGAGCACUUGAAGCUUUCCUUCGCUCACGUGAUGAGACGGACCAGGACACUGAAGUACAGCACCAAGAUGACGUAUCUGAGGUUCCUCCCCCCACUGCAGAAGCACGAGCUGGAGCCAGAUAAACUAACUGUUGGUAAGAGGAAAAGAAAUGAAGACGAUGAGGUACCGGUGGGUGUGGACAUGGCAGAGAAUACUGACAACCCUCUAAGAUGCCCAGUCCGGCUUUACGAGUUCUACCUGUCAAAAUGCUCUGAAAGCGUGAAGCAGAGGAAUGAUGUGUUCUACCUUCAACCUGAGCGCUCCUGUGUCCCGAACAGCCCCAUGUGGUAUUCCACUUUCCCGAUCGACCCUGGGACGCUGGACACCAUGUUAACACGUAUUCUAAUGGUGAGGGAGGUACAUGAAGAACUUGCCAAAGCCAAAUCUGAAGACUCUGAGGUUGAAUUAUCUGAUUGAAAUGGCAUUUUGGUUCCUAUUUUCAUAUACAUUGGUAUGCACCAAACUGUGAAUGCAUCUAGCCAUUGGAAACUGAUGUAUAAGCCCAAGUCCUCUCGGCUUGACCCUUAGAUGAUGGACGACAGAUGACUCGUGAACACAGUGUGGGUGUACAGAUGCAAACUGAAGGCAAGAGUGUAAACCGAGGACGGCUGUGCUUUGGCAGUGGUAGAGCAAGCACUACAGACAUCUCCAGGAUGACUAAGCAGUUCCUCUGAGUGGUGCAUAAUCAUAUUUUGUUUGGGAAUAACAAAUUGUGGAAUAUUUUUAAGGAAAACUGUUGUAUUAAAUUCUACCAUAGUAACCUUAGACCUUAGAGAGGUAGCUUUGGAGUAAAACCUUGGCUGCAGUAGACUCCUUGGGCAAGGUCCUCCAUCCAAGUCUUGGGAGAAUUCAGUGUAGAACUCAGAGUGACAUCAGGUGAGAACUGUGGGACCCAGACUUGAAGACCCAAUAAAAAUAAUCAACUUUUUAAAAAAGCUAGUGAAGUGGUCUUGAUUUUGAUUUUCACUGCCAAGCCAAUUCUGGGAAGGAGAGAAGCCUCCGGUGCUUUUGUUACAGGCCCUCACAUCAGGGACAAGGCCCCGCUGCUGCGACACAGCGAUGGGUCCCUUUCACUUGCUGGGUCUAGCCUACACAGUGUGGGUCUGGAUGUGGAUCAAGGAACGGGGUGAAACUUUGCAAACUAAUUAUGCACACAGAAAUUCUGUGGAGCCCGUUAGACCCCAGGUGUUUUGAGAGGUUUAUAGAAAACCCACUAAAAUGCUCAUUUCUCUGAGUGCCGUCCUUUAUGCCUGAUGUCUCCAGGCAUGAGCUGUGCUACCCAGAAAUGGGGGCUCCUUUUGUUUUCCUUUUUGCCCAAAUGGCAGCUUUUCUCCCAUGGCUUUACCUUCCGUUUUCCCAAAUAAUUCCUCUUAUUUGUCUUUUGCACCAAUUUUUGGAGGCCCGCGUCAUUUCAAACUGAACAGUCUCUCCUUACUCUGGUGAACCUGUGGGUUUCCCCGAAGACACAGUAUUAUUAAACUAUCAGAAUGACGGGAGAGGCGGUCCCAGUGUGAUCCUGUGGGAGUUGUUGGAAGAUGACCUGGUUGCCCUCAGACACUUGAAAGUACCCACAAGCACGUCUUCUCCGGCGUGCGUCUGUCCAAGCCCUGGCUGUCCUCGAGCUGUGUGCCGAGCGCUCCCCGGCACGUUUGACAUAUCGGCCCACCUCCCUCACCUCCAUUCUGUUUCUCCUCCACAAAAUUUGGAAUCAAAAACUUUUAUGAUGUUGACUAAUCACAGAACUUCCUCAUAGCUAAGAUUAAUUUGAGCCCAUGAUAGAAGUAAACAAAGUCCAAAAUGCCUGUUAGAAAUUUUAACCUUGAAAGACUUGUCAAUAGAUCCCAUUUUUCAGGUGGGGUGGCAGGUGUUUUUUGUUUGUUUGUUUGUUUUUAAAGCAAAUAAAGUCAUUUAACUAUAAUAAAAAUUUUAAAGUAGGCCUUUUGGCAUUGUGUACUCGAUGAUUCUGUCCCUCUGCCUGUAACAGAUUUCAUUUUUGUUACCACAAACUGUGUAAAAGAAGUAAAUCUUCCCCAAUUCUGUAUGAUUCCUUC